AUGAUUUAUUCCCCGCCUCUCAGCAACCUUCAGCCAGCGAAGCCUUGCAACGGCUUGCCAGCAAAUGCUCUGUGUCGGCGCGAACGUGGAGGCAUGGUAUUUAUACCUUCUUGGAGCUGCUGCGACAUCGUCUACCCGCUUUGCUCGAACGUCUGCUUACGUUCAUCUAUUUAG